GUGAGGUCAGCUAAAAUUAUAGCGAGGGAAGAACCCCCGGCCCUAGCGGCCGACACUGGUCACGUGUUGAGACACCGCGCGCCUGGAACCCACAGGCCGCGCUCUUCACAACAACAGGUAAACACUCAGCGGCGGCCCCGGUCCCCGAACCAAAAAUCGGCACCCACCGGAGGGUGAGGUAACCAAAAAUGGCCGGAAAAACGUCACCUUCGGUUCCAAUUCAAACCGAUAUCUCUGACGCGUGUUUGGCGAGCGCCUAGCAACGAAGCUGUGUGCAUUCCUCCCCCAACCCCGGGAGGCGGGGCCCAAGCUCGGGCCCGGAGCCCGCCAGCCGGGCUGGGCCGCUAAGUGUGAAUGAAGGGGGACGGACGGCACAGCAGUGGAAGCCCCGCCUGAUAAUAAAUACCCGAAGACGGGCCGCCCGCCCUCCGGCCGCCUCUAUUUCUGGCCGUGCCAUGACGUAAUGCUGAAUGUUAAUGACCCGGGGCGGGGACUGGCCUAAAAAUAAAUCCAACUUGUGGAGACGACGGCGGCGGCGGCGGUGGUGGUGGUGGUGGUGGUGGCGACGACGACGACAGCAGCUCCUCCUCCUUCUCUCAUGGCCCCACGGAGUGGCACCAGCACCCGGGCCGAGCCUGUAGCAGUUUUGACCACGCAUAGGAAUGCGGGCGUUGAGGAUUAAAACUGAUAUCGUAGAGAGAGGAGAUCUAAAAUCCGAGAUCUGCUAAUUCUGACAGGUGAUAUACUUGUAGUGCCUGCUAGAUUUUUGGCCCACUGUUGAUUGCCUUGGAGGAAGAGGGAGCGUGUCAACAGUGACGUUAUUCUACAGAAAAGGAAAGAAAAAAUCGCAACUCGAUCCAUACAAAAUGUGACAACCCCUCCUUCUACAUGCUUCUGAGCUUGAUUUUUUUUGGAGGGAGUGGGUUGCCUUGUGUCGAAGAAUCCCAACGAUAUAAACUCGCCGAGUGCUGAGGCUUUGCUUAAUCAUGAUGUUUCGAGAUCAAGUCGGCGUUCUUGCAGGGUGGUUUAAAGGGUGGAAUGAAUGUGAACAAACUGUAGCUUUGUUGUCCCUGUUGAAACGAGUGAGCCGGACACAGGCUCGUUUCCUUCAGAUUUGUCUAGAGCAUUCUUUGUCCGAUUGCACCGAGCUUCAUAUUCUCGAGGGAGAGGCAAAUGAUCCCGCAUUCAUUAACCAGUGGCAUCAAGAAUCCAAGGACAAAGUAAUGAUGCUGUUGCUGACCCAUCUCCCCUUACUGAAGCCAGGAAAUAUUGAUGCAAAAAUGGAGUACAUGAAACUUUUACCUAAAAUCUUGGCUCAUUCAAUUGAGAACAAUCAGCAUAUUGAGGAGAGCAGACAACUCUUAUCCUAUGCUUUGAUCCAUCCAGCCACCUCACUGGAGGACAGAAAUGCACUAGCCAUGUGGCUCAACCAUUUAGAGGAUCGCACCUCUAAUUAUGGAAACCAGAGCAGAGGACGUCCAGAUUCGAUGGAUUAUGGGCAAACUCUUUAUUAUCACCAAAGACAGAACUCUGAUGACAAGCUCAAUGGUUGGCAGAGUCUACGUGAUUCUGGGAUCUGUGUGUCUGCUUCUAACUGGCCAGAUAAAAACCAGGCUUGUGAGAAUGGACAUUUGCCACUUUAUUCUUCUACGUCUGUACCUACAACAAUCAACACUAUUGGGACUAGCACAACCACAAUUCUCUCAGGCCAGACACACCACAGUCCUCUGAAGCGUUCAGUAUCUCUUACCCCACCAAUCAAUGUGCCAAAUCAGCCUCUAGGUCAUGGAUGGAUGUCCCAUGAAGACCUGCGAGCAAGGGGACAGUGUAUCCCAUCAGACCAUGCUCCUCUCUCCCCACAGAGCAGUGUUGCUUCCUCGGGUAGCGGUGGGAGUGAGCAUCUUGAAGAUCAAGCAGUGACACGUAAUACAUUCCAAGAAGAGGGCAGUGGCAUGAAAGAUGUUCCAGCUUGGCUAAAAAGCUUGCGCCUGCAUAAGUAUGCAGCUCUAUUCUCCCAGCUAACAUAUGAAGAAAUGAUGGCACUGACAGAAGGACAGUUAGAAGCACAGAAUGUUACCAAAGGUGCAAGACACAAAAUUGUCCUCAGUAUACAAAAAUUGAAGGAAAGACAGAAUGUGCUCAGAUCAUUGGAAAAGGAUGUUCUUGAAGGUGGUAAUCUGCGUAAUGCACUCCAGGAGCUGCACCAAAUGAUUCUUACCCCUAUCAAAGCUUACAAUUUCGCCCAUACCCAAAACUCUGGUGAACAGAACCAAGACUUGGACUCUCAGUCUACUUUAAUGAGUUCAGACAGCAGCUUAGGAAGUCGGCUACCUGAUGUGAAGGACUCUGCUGCUGGGGGCAUUCAGCAACAAAAUGUCACAGGGUGUGAGGGUGAGUCAGGAGGUGCUCCUGUUCCAGAAGGGGAUCUGCCUGGACAGUUUACAAGGGUCAUGGGCAAAGUGUGUACACAGCUCCUAGUAUCCAGACCUGAUGAAGAGAACAUAAGCUCUUAUCUGCAGCUGAUAGACAAAAGUGUAGGUCAUGAGGCUUUUACAGAGACACAGAAGAAGAGAUUGUUGUCAUGGAAACAGCAGGUUCAGAAGCUCUUUAGGUCUUUCCCCCGGAAAUCCCUCUUGGAUAUGCCAAGCUAUCGACAGCAAAGAAGCUGGGGUUUUAGUCAGUCCAACUCCUUACCAGCAGCUGGAUCUGUGGGUGGAGGAAUGGGUAGACGAACUCAGCGCCAAUUUCAGAUGCCCCCUCGAAAUAUGCCCACAGCUCGUCUGGGUCUUAUGGGCCCCAGUGGACUUAUGGGUGCUCCACAGCGUAGUGCAACCAGCAAUCCUGCCAUAUUAAAACAAGGGAGACAGAACCUAUGGUUUGCUAACCCUGGAGGAAGUAACAGUAUGCCAAGUCGAACCCAUAGUUCAGUACAGCGUACCCGUUCACUGCCAGUACACACAUCACCACAAACUAUGCUGAUGUUCCAGCAGCAAGAGUUCCAAGUACCAGUAACAGAACCUGAUAUAAACAACAGACUGGAAUCAUUGUGUCUCAGUAUGACUGAACAUGCCCUGGGUGAUGGCGUUGACAGAACCUCUACUAUCUAGAAGGUUGAAAUACACCAUUGGUGCUGGCUCUGAACCACAAAAGUAGCUGCAGGUUCAGGCCACAGUUCACAAGUUCCAGCCCCAUGCCCUGGACAGGGUCAACCGAUGUCUUGUGUUAUGUUUCUGCAAGCUGUAAUGAACAUAUUUUUGUGCAAGAGUCUGGAUUGUUACUGUAUCACCAAAACCUGGAAUAUUGUCAGGUCAAACAAGAAUAAUUCUGUCCAUGAGAGAGGUUUUGCAGUGAAGCACCCUUAGAUGCCUAAUACUGAAGAGGCAUAAUUUAUGUAAGCAGAGCAGUUAGUGUAGAUAUGGCAAAUGAAUGGGGAGACCUUUUGUAGUGAUGAGGGAAGAUCGAACUUGAAGCAACACAACAGUGAUUGGCUAUAUUUCUGUAUUUUGAAAAGUUAUUUAAAAAAACUAUAAACUUGUACUACAAAUGUGUGACCAAAAGUAAGAACAGAUCACAUUUAAGGUGUCUUUCAUAUUCAUUUCACCUGAUUGGGGUCAUUAAGCUCUUUCCAGAAUUGUCAUGAAGGGAGAUUUGAAAUGAGUGAUUUAAGUAUAACUAAAUCAAAUUUACAUAUUGUUUACAUAAACAUAAAGGGUACAUAAACAUUUUCAGGUAUGCCAUUGUGAUUUUUAUUGUUAAAGCAUUUUAUUUUUUCCUUCUGCAAUAGCAGCAGGUUUGCUUUUUUGAUUAGCAGCAAGACUAUGCUUCUAGGGGAUAUUUGGUCAUUUUAAAAGAAAUUGUAAAUGUAACUGCUAGUCCUAAAUAGGUACAAAUGUUAAAAGUGAUGAAAUGAGAGAGGAGGAUUUGGAAUGUUGUUGAAUGCAGGAGACUUGUGUAAUAUGGUAAGAGUUAAAGUUAAUCGGCCUUGCAGUUUGUUUAACUGUCGGCAAGUAUGCUGCUUGCUCUUGUUUUGCUUUAGAUUUUUGCCACCCCAACCCAAAAACCCUUAUAUUUACUGUUAAAGCAAAGUUGAUUCAGGAUCUGACAACAUGUAUACUGUGUGUUUUUCCUGCCACUUCCCCCAACUACAUAUGCAAAGUAAGUGUUCAAAUAUCUGCAAUCUAGAGCUUCAGCAUCUGAGAGUGAGAGACAGUCUAAUUUGAUGAUUAGUACAACUAUAAGGAAAGGAAAAGGCAAGCGCUGAGAAACAACAGAAAGAAAUGGGAUGAAAUUGAAUACGCAUGGAUAUAGUUUUGUCAGAAAGGGAGUUGGAAAUGCAGUAUUAUAAAUGAAAUUGGUGAAAAAAGUGCUAAACUAUACACAUAAUGCAUUUGUUUUUGCAGUGAGUACAGCUUCAGAAAAGGUAAUGUGACUGCAUUCACAUUAACACAUCCUGUUUAACGAGAGUCCUAAAAAGUAUUUACAAAUCGGAAUUGAUAUUUAUUCCUCCACUGAUUUAUAGAUGCAGAGGUUAUCUAUUAAUUAGAUGUAUUAUUUUAGAUAUGUUAUGUAUUAACUUGCUAUGGCUGGUAACCAUGAGUAUGUCUCAAAAUAUUAACAUCCAUUUAGUUAAUUUUUUAAUAUUGCUUAUUACUAUUGACAAGGUAUAGGUUAAAUAUUUACAUAGCAACAAAAAUUUGUUUUGCUAAGAAGUGCUGUCUAGUGAAUUAAUUUUAACACGUGGCUUCUGUCUUGAGAACACUGACGCCAUUCUCUGUUUUUCUGUUGAGUCCUGUAUUGACUGCAGGUGUAGAGCUUGAUUAAUACUAUCCUAUGUAAAAUGAAUUAUUUAUGAAAUGAUGAUUGCAUGCAUAUAAGGCUGUGAAGUCAAACAUCUAGAAAUAAAGCGGCAGUGCCUUUCCUUUUGUAUCUUCCACCUAUCCCAAGUGUUAACUGUUUUAUACAGAGCAAGGUAGCACCACCAUUACAAAAACAAAGGUGAUAAGACAUAUUCUUGAUAUUUAUAGUCUUUGUUUUUGUUUUGUUAAAUGUUGUGCACACAGGAUAUCUCUGCAAGCCCAGCACAAAGCCUGGCCUAGUAAUUGUUUUGAAUAUGUUUGAAGUGCUUAACAACUUAUGGACAUUGAAAAACUUAGUUGAAGAGCCACACAAAACAUUUAUUCUACUGUAGUUAGAGCUGCCAGAAAUGGAGGUUUUCUGUAAUUUCUGCCAGGUUGCUGUGAUGCCUUUGAGAGAUUAUGGCUAGAAUGCAAGACAUAAAAUAGUGAAGAUAUUUUAAAAGUUCUGUACAUUUACAAAGGCAGGUCUUGCAAUAGAUGUGUGUGCACUAUAUAUAAAACACUAAAUAAAAAAAUUAAAUUGUUUUGUACAAGUCAUCAAAAUUUGCUAUGGUGGCUUUUAUUUUUUGUAUUUCUUUAUCUUGAUUCAGAAAAUAGUGAAUGUUUAUUCCUCUGGGAGGAAUAGGAAGCAACUGCAACGCUAACAGUAAUGACCUGGAUACUUCCUCCCUUUUUUAUUAUAUUAUACCCUAUAUAUUUAUGAACAGUUUUGUUGAAGAGUUCAAUGUAGAACCUCUCCUCUCUUUAAAAUACACAGUCCCGUAUUGCUUUCUUUCCUUUGUUGCAUGUCAGGCAGAGGCAAUCCCUCAUUGUAAAUGCAUGCAUGCUUAUGUUCCUGUUGCCCUCUGUAAAGAAGGUAGUGUACAAGAAGUAUGUUUCUUGCAUAGUUACUGCUGCACAUAAAUGCAUAUUUUUACAGUUUGUCACCUUAUGGAAAAAGCACGUUUGUUACAUGUUAAAGCUUUAUGACAAACACUAAUAUGUUUUACUUGCUGUUCUUUGCAAGUGUAUAGUUUUCAAAUGUUCUUGUUUAAAUUUACCAAUGAAUUACUCUUGUGACUUAAACAGCAAACUUGCUACAGUGUAUUUAUUACUCCCAUUUCUGUCACUUAACUAAAAUGAUGGUUAUUUCAUAUCAGCAUUAUAUUGAAAGUGAAGGGAGAUGAUUAAUACAAGUUUUUGUAACACU